UUUGGAUCUUGGUUGGGCUCCUGACGCGCUGCUCUGCGGUCCGGCUCUGAACUGCUUGCAGACCUUUGGCAAGCAUCAGAGCUGCCACAUACAUGGCUCUAGAUGAGUCCAGGCUGAGCCCUCUGCCCAAGAGAGUCAAACCAACCUAUAUGGCCAUGGACAAGGAGAACCAGAUCAUCGGUUAUGUGGUGCCCAUCUUCAGGGGCAGUCAUGAGUUUCAAAGCGGCCUAUCAGACACUGAGGACGCGUGCGCUAAAGAGAGCGCUGGCUAUCUGGCCCGUCGUGACCUCUUCGCUAGCGGCGUGGAGUCGGAGCGCAUCGAACACAAGUCCCACAGAACCGUCAUGAGGGAGUCAGCAGAGCGCAUCUCGCUUAGCAAGAGGAUCUAUGAGAACGAAGAGUACCAUAAGCGUCUGAACGAGGACAGCCUGAUGCACACACCCGAGUUUGUGAUUAAGCCACGAUCCCACACUGUUUGGGAGAAACAGUGUGUGCGACUGCACUGUACCAUCUCAGGAUGGCCUGAACCACGCGUUGUGUGGUACAAGAACAAUGUUAGCAUUGAUCCGAUGGCCACGCCAGAGAAGUACAAAGUGGAGAGCAGCUACAGCGUCCACUCCCUGGAGAUUAACAAGUGUGACUUCGAUGACACUGCACAGUAUCGUGUGUCGGCCAUGAACAGCAAGGGCGAGACCUCUGCUUUUGCUUCUGUUGUCGUCAAAAGAUUCAAAGGAGAAUUUCUGCCAUCUCCCAGACUCCAAAGCAGAAAGUUCGGCUUCAAAGCACCUUGUCUGGAGUAUGGAGUGACAUUCGAGACGCACCUCGUGGAGAAGUUUGGGGUGUCUUUUGGACGUGAGGGUGAGACGUUGAGUUUUGGCUGCUCUGUUAUCAUCUACCCGUCACUGCAGCGCUUCCAGCCUGAGAUAGAGUGGUACAGAGAUGAUAAACUGCUGGUGCCGUCAAAAUGGGUUCAGAUGCACUGGAGCGGCGACAGAGCGACACUCACUCUCUCACACCUCAACAAGGAGGAUGAAGGACUCUACACACUUCGCGUCAUCACCAAAUCUGGCUUUGAGACACAUUCAGCGUAUGUCUUUGUCAGAGAUGCUGAUGCAGAGGUUGCUGGAGCUCCUGGUGCACCUUUAGAUGUUCAUAGUCUGGAUGCUAAUAAAGAUUAUGUCAUCGUUACCUGGAAGCAGCCUGCUGUGGAUGGAGGAAGCCCCAUUUUGGGAUAUUUUGUUGACAGGUGUGAAGUUGGCAUGACACACUGGGCGCAAUGCAAUGACACUCCGGUGAAGUUUGCACGCUUCCCUGUAACUGGUCUCGUGGAAGGACGAAGCUAUGUGUUUCGAGUGCGUGCGGUGAACAAGGCAGGCAUGAGCCAUCCAUCUCGUGUGUCUGAACCAGUAGCCGCUAUGGACCCUGCAGACCGCACAAGAAAAGGUCCCUCUGCUCCUUGGACUGGACAAAUCAUUGUGACUGAGGAGGAGCCUGUGGAGGGAGUGGUUCCCGGCAGACCUUGUGAUCUCUCAGUCAUUGAGGCCACUAAAAACUAUGUGGUGUUGAGCUGGAAGCCUCCAGGCGAGAAGGGCCAUGAAGGGGUUAUGUAUUACGUGGAGAAGUGUGUGUCUGGCACAGACAGCUGGCAGCGAGUCAACACUGAAAUCCCCGUCAAAUCUCCACGUUUUGCUCUUUUUGAUCUGGCCGAGGGCAAGUCUUACCGCUUCCGCGUUCGCUGCUGCAACUCAGCUGGUGUUGGUGAACCAUCAGAACCGACUGAAGCCACCACGGUUGGGGACAAGCUGGAUAUCCCAUCAGCCCCUGGCCGUGUGGUUCCUACCCGCAAUACAGACACAUCUGUGGUGGUUUCAUGGGAAGCUUCACGUGAUGCUAAAGAGCUGGUGGGCUACUACAUUGAGAGCAGCGUUGCAGGGAGCAACACUUGGGAGCCAUGCAACAACAAACCAGUUAAAGGCACAAGGUUUAUCUGUCAUGGCUUGACCACUGACGAGACUUAUGUUUUCCGAGUAAGAGCCGUCAAUGCUGCAGGAAUCAGUGAAUUCUCACAGGAAUCAGAAGCCAUUAAAGUUAAAGCUGCUAUCGCUUAUAGAGUUUCAGAGCUAAAGGAAAACAUGCUGUACCAGUUCCAGGUACGUGCAGCCAACAUGGCUGGUGUGGGCAUCCCGUCUCUUCCCAGUGAGACAUUCAAGUGUGAGGAGUGGACUAUUGCUGUACCGGGACCACCUCAUGACCUCCAAGUGCAGGAGAUUCGUAAGGACUCUCUGGUCUUGCUCUGGAAACCGCCUGUCUACCAGGGUCGUGAUCCUAUCAAUGGAUACUACAUUGAUAUCAAAGAGGCUGAAGCAGACUUUGAGAUGUGGAGAGGAGUCAAUGAGAAAGCUACUGACAAGACAUUCAUGAAGAUCAAGGAUCUAAAGGAGGGGGAAUCGUAUGUUUUCCGUGUGCGCGCUCAGAAUAAGGCUGGCGUAGGAAAAGUAUCAGAUUCUACAGAACCGGUUGAGGCCGUGACUAAGCCAGGUACAACUGAGAUAGUUGUGAAUGUUGACGAUGAUGGCGUCAUUUCACUGAAUUUUGAGUGCUCUAACCUCACCGCUGACUCCAAAUUCGUCUGGUCCAAGAACUACGUGGAAAUGGCAGAACUUGAACGCAUGACCAUAGAGACCAAGGGUAGCAAGUCCAAAGCCAUCUUUAAAACACCUUCAGAAGAAGACCUGGGUAUCUACUCUUGUUUCGUGACACACACUGAUGGAGUCUCUGCCAGCUACACACUCUCUGAGGAAACUCUAAAAGAACUCCUGAAGAUCAGCCACGACCACAAAUUCCCCAUCAUCCCUCUGAAGACAGAGCUGGCCGUGGAGCUGCUGGAGAAGGGCAGAGUUCGCUUCUGGUUGCAGGCUGAGAAGAUCUCUGCCAAUGGAAAAGUUGAAUAUGUGUUCAAUGACAAUGUGGUCCACCAGGGAGAGAAAUACAAGAUGAACUUUGAUAAAAAUACUGGCAUCAUUGAGAUGUUCAUGGAGUCUCUGGGCAAAGAGGACGAGGGAACGUUCACUUUCCAGCUUCAAGACGGCAAAGCCACUAACCAGUCCAGUCUAGUGCUGAUCGGAGAUGUGUUCAAGCAGUUACAGAAGGAAUCAGAGUUCCAGAAAAAAGAAUGGAUUAGAAAGCAAGGUCCACACUUCGUGGAGUAUCUCGGUUAUGAAGUCACACCUGAGUGCUGCGUGAGACUGAAGUGUAAGGUUGCUAAUAUGAAGAAAGACUCUGUGGCGCUGUGGUAUAAGGAUGGACGAGAGAUUAAGGUCAAUGAGAAACUGGAUUUCUCUGAAGGAGUGUUGACUUUGGAGAUCGCUCAGGUGAGCAGCAUUUCUCAAAGAUUCAAAGACCUGAUGAACCAGGUUUUCAGUGUUAUUGCGAACUCCUCCACUCCACUGAAGAUCCAGAGCACAGAGGAGGGAAUCAGGCUUUACACCUUCGUCAGCUACUACAACGACGAGCUGCAUGUCACCUGGCAUCACAAGGACGCUGCGAUCGCAUUCACCGAGCGCAUUAAGAGCGGUGUGGUGGGAGAGCAGCUGUGGCUGCAGAUCUCUGAACCCACAGAGAAAGAUAAAGGCAAAUACGCCAUUGAGUUCUUCGAUGGGAAAGGAGGCUUGCGCAGAACUGUGGAACUGGCUGGACAAGCAUUUGACGAUGCAUUUGCUGAGUUUCAAAGACUCAAGGCUGCAGCUAUUGCAGAGAGAAAUCGUGCGCGUGUGGCAGGUGGUCUGCCUGAUGUUGUGACCAUUCAAGAGGGCAAGUGUCUGAACCUGACCUGCAAUAUCUGGGGCGAACCCGUACCCGAGGUCACCUGGCUAAAGAAUGAGCGCGAGAUGGUUUCCAACGAUCACUACAUUCUGAAGUUUGAGUCGGGCAAGUUUGCCAGUUUCACCAUCACCAGCAUCAAUACGUCUGAUUCCGGCAAGUACAGCAUCCUGGUAAAGAACAAGUACGGCACGGAGAGCGGCGACUUCACCGUAAGUGUCUUCAUCCCAGACGAGGAACCCGGCAAGAAAAAAUAAAACCAACCAAACAGAAAAAAAUAAACAUUAUGAUUAUGCAAAACUAAAUUACAAAAAAAAAAUUCUGCAAGAUUUAGAUGACACGCUGAAACGUUUGACCGAUAGACCAUGGUGCUAAUAUCUUGGUUGCAGAUUGAAAAGAGUUGGUCCAAGUUUUAAUCCAUCAAUGUCAAAGUAGUGCUAUAAUUGGAAACAGAUAUUUUUCUGGAUAGAGCUUGCAUUGCUUACUUGACCGUUUUCUCCAUCAUGGUGUUAGUAAAAUAGUUUAAAGCCCAGAUUAGAGAAUGAAUGCAGUUUGACUCCAGGUUGUGUUGAGAGUGUGUAGUUUUACUGAGAAGAAACAGGUGCACUGAAGUGCAUGAAAGAUUGACACUUUUGAAUUGAGGGACAAAUGGACGCUCCAUUUCUGUAUAGCUUAUCAUUACUCAGUCCUGAAAAGCAGGGGCUUAGAUUCACAAGUAAACAUCAAAUAGUCCAUAUUACAAUCAAUGCUGUAAAGAAAUCUUUAAAUGGUGUUUAAAUGAAUCCAUGCCCCUGCUGUAAGCUUUCUGUGGGUUCUCUAUAAUGUUUCACAUUUCUAAUGAAUCACUGCAUGCACGAUCCCAUUGUGACAGCAGUUAUGUCUUCACUUCCUCUUUGACCUCACAGAUAAUGAUGACUUCCUCUGUUAUUUCCAAUAAAUGGAGCGCAUAUU